GAUAAGCGGAAGUUUAACAUUGCAGUAAUCCGGUUCCGACAUGAGAGUGCGGCCGACUCGUUCUCCCCUCAGUGUUUAGCCCGUUCGUCCCGUUUAACCGCGUGUUUGACCGGAGCGUCGUGGAGACGGGGUCGGCGGUGAGGUUCGGCUAUGCGGUCCAAACAAAGCCGAGCACGCCGGCCGGCCGCGGACGCUUCUUCUUGGGGUGUUUUGGUCCGUCUGCGGGGUGUCAUGGUUUCCAGCGUGCAGCCUGUAGCUUGACGCGGCUCACGCGGAACGACGAGUCUCGCUGCUGGGCCCACCGUAGCGACCCAAACAAAUGAUCCGAACUGUCUGCUAAUACGGCCAGUCUCAGACGGUCUGCAUUUCUUAUCGAGACCGAGACCCAACCAGCCUUCACGGUGGAAACGAGAAGAAGAGCGAAGAUGAAUGCUGUGCGGGGGGGCACGGUCACUUGGCGUCCCCAGCCGUGGCAGGACGGUGACGGGGGAGGGGGGGAGCCCCUGUCGGACAGCGACUCUGAAGAGGAGGACUUCCCCGACGACAGCACCACUCCGCUGGGGGACUACAUCACCCACGGAUUGAAGCAGCUCCUGGAUGCUCAGCAGCUGUGCGAUGUGACGCUGCUGGUCGAGGGGAAGAAGUUCAUGUGUCACAGAGUCCUGUUGGCAGCCGUCAGUCCGUAUUUCAGAGCUAUGUUCACCAGCCCUUUGGUGGAGUCUCGUCUCACGGAGAUUCGUUUGGAAGAAGUGACGCCAUCUGUGAUGGAGACCGUGAUCCAGUUUGUCUACACAGGAGAGGCGGGGCUUUCUCUGGACACUGCUGAGGACCUGUUUGUGGCGGCCAAUCGGCUGCAGGUCAUGCCGCUGCAGGAGCUCUGCUCCAGAUUCCUGUUUGAGCACCUGUCCGUGGAGAACUGCCUGGGCAUGUACUCUCUGGCCCGCUCUCAUCAUGACCAGCUGCUGCUGCGAGCGUCCAAGCGCCUGGUCGCACAGCACUUCCCUCGGGUGGCCAGACAGAAAGACUUCCUUCUGCUGGAUCACGGCACCUUGGGUAGCCUCCUCAGCUCCGACCGUCUUGGCGUGGACUCUGAGGCAGAGGUCUACGAUGCAGCACGGCGUUGGGCAGAGCAUCAGCCUUUGGAUCGCUACGCCCACAUGCCUGCGCUGCUUCAACACCUGCGGCCAGGCCUGCUGUCGCAGGAAGAGAGCCGCAGAUUGAGCCAGGAGCUGGGGCCUGCUGCCGCUGGAGAAGGCCUUGGGGGCCCGUUGAGGCCUCGGGAGGGAAUGUACGAGAAAAAGAUCGUCUGCGUGGACCUGACACCUCGGGAAGAGGAGAAUUCGGCCAACAGAGACUACACAGUGGACUGCUUCGACCCGCGGACAGGGAAGUGGGAGAAGCUAGCAGCUCUCAUCUCACUGGUUAGCCCCGGCUGCUCAGCGGUCGGGGACCGGCUGUUUGUGGCGGGGGGCAUCCUGCGGACGGGCUCUGUCUCUGCAGCUGUGCACGAAUACGAUGCUGUGUUAGACAGAUGGAUAGAGCGGCCCGCUAUGGUCCACCCCCGCGCCAUGCUGGGCCUGCUCGGCUGCGGACAGUCGCUCUACGCCCUGGGGGGGUGUAACCGCUCUGCUUUGCUGGAGUCCAGUGAGGUCCUGGACCUGACGACGUGUCAGUGGGGCCCCGGGCCCCGCUUGCCGUUCCCGCUGCGCAGCUUCGCCUGUGCUGCGCUGCGUGGGCGCCUUUAUUUGUUGGGUGGAACCACGCUGGAACAGAACCGGGCCGUGGUCCACUCGGGGGUGCUAAUCUACCACACCCAGACAGACUGCUGGACAAGGGUGGCUCUGGACUCUGGGGCAACCUGCCUCGCGGGAGGUGUGGCAGUACGGGGGGGUGUCUGUGCCAUUGGAGGAUACUUGAGGGAAACUACCAAGUUCCUUGAUGGAAACUACACCAACUUGGAGACGUUGGACGCUACUGGGCGUGUGCUGUUUUUUAGGGAGGGUAGGGGGUCUGGGGUGGAGAGAGAGGUGACGGGGGGAGGGGUGUUGGUCAGCUCUGAGCCGCGGGGUUUUGCAGGUGGGAGCGAUCGAGCCCCCAGUCCAGUGGUGUUUCCUGGACUGCCGCGGCGGAUCGCAGCAGGGGGCGUGGCCAGAUGGAAAAGGAGGAUCUAUGUGUUAGGUGGAGAGAACGGCUCGCGGUUCUAUGACAGUGUGUAUUGCUGGAAGCCUGGCUGGCGUAGCUGGGUCCAAAGGCGGGAAAAACUCCCCGGGGACACCGGGGGGGUCAGUCAGUUUGGAUGUACUACACUGAAGUUCCCUAAGAAACACAUCCUAUCCAGACUGAGGCUAGCCAAAGAAAACUGCAAGAAGCCCCCCCACUAGCCUGACGACAGACUGUGAUGGUGGUGGGGUGGUUAAUGAACUUGUCUUUGAACUUGUGUGAACUUGGGAUUUGAAAUGAAUUCAAAGUCUAUAAUUUUCUAUGACCAUCCUGCAGACGGAGUAGAAACAGAAGCUGGUUCAGAUCUAGAACCCACAGAUGAAUGUUACUCAAGGUCAACAUUUGACAGAAUAAAAUUCUUUUAGAGAAAAA